AUGCCCAAGACGAAAGAAGGCAAACAUAGAUCUUUCACCUGUGGUCUAUCCAAAAGGAAAUCCCGCGCAAAAGAAGAAAAGACUACAAAGGUUGAACAAACUUCGAAAGUUAAAAGAACGAAGAAUCCGAAAGUCAAGGGAAACGUUAGUGUAAGUACUUUUUUAGCUGUACCUAGUCGCUUGCACAAUUAUGUCAUCAGUUAGAUUGAAAUUAAGACCCAUUCUGUAGACCCAGAAGAAUAUUUUAUAUAAAGGAGAUUUUAACAUGUGCAAGGAGCAAUUUCAUGUGAAAGAAUGAAUAUCCCUCAAAAUCACCGAGCCGUUUUUGUAGAAAUUUAAUGGAACGCAAACGGUAAAUUUGCAAAAGAGUACUAUUGAGGUUAGAAGUCCUAUUUUUAGUAUGCUUAAAAAGUAGCCGAAAAAACCUCGAUGUUUUUUUAAGAAAGACCGAUUCAUACAAACGGUAAAUUUCACUGAUUAUCUAUUCUUGGCCAAAUUGGUGUCGUUUGCAUUUUUAAAACAUUUUAAAGACUCACAACGGCGUAAAGGAUCUCAAUAAGUCGUAGGAAAGUUUGUUACACCCUAAAACGUUAUCAUUAGUUAAUUCCUCCAAACAUUUAAAUGUCACUGCGUUAGAUUCCUGCUAAACAGAGGGAUAUGGGGAUAUUCUUCCUUCGGUUGCAAACAGACCAAAUUGUAAAUAUUCUGUCUCUCUGGCAACAUAGAGGCAUUCAUUUUUUCCAAAGAACAACCGUUAAAAUAGCUGUGUUAUUGUUCAGAAAAUAAGCGGAUACCUCUGCAUGCGGGAAACGUAAUUGAUACUUGAAGAAAAAUUUGAGACAGUGUUUAAUGCUGGUGCUUUUAUAUGACUUAUUUCAUAGUUUGAAAAGAAUGGCCAAGUCGAGAUGUGGGAUGGAGUUGUCAAGAACAGCCUCUGCGGGACAAAGAUAGUCAUCAAAGCAGUGAUAUGUAAUUCAGAUUCCCGGAAGAUCUACGCCUACGAACCCAGUGAUUUUACACCAUCCAUAGAGCAAUGCCAAAGAGUUAUGGAACUGAUGGAGGUAAGUCUGCAAGGUCUGCUUUGUGGUACGACGGAAAUUAAAAUGAGUCCACUUUGAGCAUAGCAAUAAGACACAAAGUUAUAGAGUUGUCUGACAAGGAUUACCUUAACGUUUCCUAAGUAGGUAGUUAACCCCACUAAUCCGGGUGUUGUACCGAACUGUGACAGGCACAUAUAACUUGAAAAUUAUCAAACAUUCUUGAAGGCUACUUAAAAAUGAUAUCGAGCAAAUCCAGUCAUGUCACGUCAGAGUGUUUGUAGUCAUCGGAGUCUCCAUUACCCGUCCCCUUGUUCAUACUGCUCAAAUUGCUCGAUAUGUUAAAAUGCACACUCUUUUCCGGCGGAAAUAGUCUUUUAUUUCGGCGAAUAUAACCCCGUCCUUUAAACUGUGCCUCAUGAAAUUACAAUUUCUCUUGUUUCUGCACAAUAAUUUACCAAUCUUUGUGAUAUACAGUAGGUGGGCUAACUCACGAAAUGUCAGCCGAAAUUCCGUAAUGCGUUUUCGUUUCUAAAAGACUAAUCAAGUAGGAUUGUAAAACUGAUCAGCCUGCAACGUAAUUCUAUAAUAAUUCAGUUACCUCAGGAUGCCGGCUUUCGAACGAACUUCUUUCCGGCUGCAUACAAAAAAACUACACCCUAAAAAUUAUUGCUUAUGUAGCAUGCAUUUUUCUCAUCGAUUGUCGAUGUCCCUAAAUGUCCAAUUAUAUUUCAUGGAAGACCUGAAUAAAAAUAUUCAUUCUUCCGCUCCUUCGGUAGAACAUUACGUCUUAUUCCAAUUUUGAUACUCGAAGGAGGGGUAUCAAUCGGUUUUUAAAAGCUUUUCCAAUUCCCGAAUAACUUUGAACCCAAACAGCCGUUAGACUUGCAUUCAGGGCUUCCAAACUCCAAGUCGUAUAUUUUCCGCGCAUGAAAAACCAUACAUUUCUCUGCAGUAUUAGGAGGAAAUCAUAUGGGGUUCGUAGAAUUUACCAGCGGAGUUGAGCCGUAUUGUUAACUUAACAAGCCAUAUCGGUUAAUGCAGAGACAUGACUUUUAUGAUCUGCCGUUUCACGAUAUUAAAGAAUCUCACAAUAAGGAACUUUUUAAAAACCGAAUUAUGUCCCUCCUUCGAGUAUAAAAUUGGAAGAAGACGUAAUUUUCUACCGAAUGAGCAAAAGGAUGAAUAUUUUUAUGCCUUUUUUCCAUGAAAUCUAAUUGGAUUUUUAAGGGUAUCGAAAAUAAAUGAGAAAAAUGCACGCUACAUAAGCAGUCAUUUUCUACGGAGUAUAGUUUUUGCAUGCAGCCGGAAAGACGUUCGUUCGAAAGCCGGCAUCCUGAGAUAACUUAAUUAUUAUACAAUUACGUUGCAAGCUGAUCAGUUUUAUAACCCUACUUAAUUGUUUUUUUUCGAAACGAAAACGCAUUUCGGAAUUUCGGUUGACAUUUCCUGAGUAAGCCCACCUACUGUAUAUCACACUUCUCUCGUUCAGACGCUAAGUCCGCCUGCUGUUUGAUAAUUUGAACUAAAGUUUCGUAUUUACUCACUAUUUUUCAAAGCUCUUGACCUUUCAUUGAGUUGCCACAGUGCUGUCCAAUGAAUCAAGAUGUACUUGAUGCUGGUGAGCAUGUACUUUAGAUUUUAUGGUGAAAUGGUCUUUAGACCACGACCGUCAUCAUAUGUAGGUGUACAUAUGCUGGCAAAUUUGAAAAAAUCGAAUUACUUCUCAUGUCAGCCGGCGGACAGAUUGAUCCGUUGAGAAACCCUUUCUUAGAAAAAAGUGCAUCUGAAGACCACAUGCAAUAAGAAAUAUAUAAUAUCAAAAAUUCAGCCAGUAAAAGUAUGAUUUCCUCAUAAUCUUUACAGCUUGAGUUUUCUUUCCUGGUGGGAAUAAGAGGCUGGUGUGUUGACCUGAAUAGAUACACGGAAAAAAGGCAACUAUAUUUUUUAUUACUUGUUUGUUUCACAGUAUUGUUGUAACCAGCACGAGAGUACAAUCCAUGUUGUUCGUUUAUCUGCAAAACAGAGUGCUUUAUGCGGGACCGUCUAGUAAAUAAAUAACAAACAAUUUCAAUUCUUAAGCGCCUAACGUUUUUAAAGUGUAGUUGGUUAUGUGAAAGUAGAUUGGUUUUGGUCAGUAUUCAAGAAAUCACGUACUUAUGAAGCAUAAGAAAUAGACUAAAGAGGCGGAAAACAGAAACCAAACAUAAUUAAUAUCUGCAUUAUCAGUUAGCACUUUUACUCUUCAACCUGCUAAGAUUGUGGGCUAAGGUUUUGUAAUCUAGCAAACAGCUGCAAAGGAUGGCUUCUGUAAGGUGGUAGAAGGCGUUUUCUGCAAAAUGGCCAUAAAGCCAGCGAAGGUUUUACAAAAACCUUAAUUUACAGUUACUUACUGACGUCCCCACUUCGCCCGAAACGAAUACACAAGGUUCUUAAUGAGCUGUUUUGGUCUACUUUCAUUAUGAACCCCAGUGAGAGGUGGGAAAUGUUAGGCAACUAUCUUAUUGGAAAUUUGUCAUCUUUCCAUUUAUUCGUUACGCGAUCGAACAUUGGAAUGCGUUGAAGUCAAGUGCAUGCCUCUGUCCGGGUUUGCUGACAGGGAAACGCCGAGAGCACAUCCGCUACGAAAUAUUAUCGACGAUUGGCUAGUUUUCGCUUAUUCGCAUUAACCAGCCACUCAGCAAGCGACCUUGAGGGCCUCCGAUUAAAACAUGGGUCUGUUUGGUCACUCAUGAAGAAGGACACAUGAUCGCUGGAACAAGAGCUUUAUUAGCCUGACGUUUCGGAUUCCUGCUCCAACCCAUCAUCAGAGACAAAAGCAAAUGCGGGCGGUUCAUGCACAAGGGACUGCAGUAUUUAUAGGAUGCGGUCGUCAUGCUACCACAUACCUAUGAACAUUCACGGCUUCCCCCUUCAUCCGGGAUCGUCGCACUUGGUGUGCUAAUUGUUUGAUGGCCGACAUUUGCGUCGUUAAUUGCUGCAAUUUCAUCACGUGCGUUGGAUGUUGGCGUGAUAAUUGCUCGACCAUCUGACCUACCGACCCUGGGGGUGGGAAAAGUGUUCACCUGCGCGCUCUCCGCGUGGCUAAUUACUCCGCCUAGGCGAAGUCUCAGCACUGAGUAUGGAAGGAGAAGCUCAUUGCACUUGUUAAUGGACUGGGGGCCAGUGAACCAUGACUAAAGCAGCUCCCGGCUCACCGGUUGUCAUCUCCUGCGAGAAUUUCGGCCUCGUCAAAUUUGAAUGUGUGGCCGGAUCUCGUCGAAUGAGCCGUAACUUGAGAGCUGGCGUCAUUUCUCCACACCGAUGUAGCGUGUUCGGCCAUUCGCAGUUGCAGUUGCAGACAAAGCAAGUACGUCGGAGAGACCGGAAGACAGCUCCGAACGCGUUUAUCAACAGCUUAAAGAUAAGACAUUUUUAGAAGCACUUAUCUAAAUAGUAAGUGCCAGAGCGUUCUUUUUGUGCCGAUGGCGUUUAGGAUCACGUACAUAGACUCAUCUGAAUACGAAAACAAAUUAAUGGGAAAACGAAUGUUCACAAAGAAGACCUGUGAUGAAUACGCAUUCAAUCAGUUGAGAGAAUUUCACUCAUGAGUUACUUAUUUCAAAAGUGCCUUGAUGGGGUAUUUUGUGGUGCUUGAAAUGCACUAAACUGAUACUGUGGAUUUUCGUUAUUAGGUUUCACGAUUUACGUCACCAAAUGUGUUCUGCCCUUCAUUCGUUCAUAUGACCUAGAAUUUACCAGAUUACCCACAGAGACUCUGUCACCGCUCUUCGAAUUUUCGUGUGACCUUGUUUCGUUUAAUCUAAGUAUGGGUCAAAGGGACAAAUUAUUUUAAACAACCUACUUUAGGAGCUCUUAACCAGCUGUUAUCCGAAAAUGCAUCUGAGGUAUGAGUUUGCAGCGGAACUAAUCACGUAUAUGCGUGUGUUUUAACUGAAUACCACGUUGUCUGAUUUACAGGCUCACAAACAGAGGCGUGAUGUCUCGAAUGAACUGUUUACAGUGGCGGAAGACAACUUUGAGGUGGUUACCUUCAGUGAGCACGGGUUUCUGAUUGCAAAAACUUCGCGACCCAAGAGCCAGGGCGGUAAGGAGACGAAGUCGGACGGCGAGGGACAACCGACGCGAAACCUCGUCGGUUUCAAGACUGAUCACAUAGUCAUGCUGGGCGUUUGCGCACAGAACCAGCUGGACGCCGCACUCGGAUUAUUCAAAGACAUGCACGAAUACGUUCUGAGUCUGUAA